CACAUGCACACCUUCACGCCCCGGAUGUGAUCCCUGAUGGCUGCUUCAAUGAACAAGCAGGGCCCCAUAAUGAUACAAGCCCCCUGCUUCGCAACCUGCUCCUUCCUCCACAGCCAUCAUGAAGUCCAUUCCGUUCCUCCACCUCACCGUCAUCGCCACGCCCGUCGCAGCCAGGGUCUACGCCGGCUUCAACUACGGUCCCUUUUGGAGCGGGCAGAGCAACGUCAAGCGCUACGCCGACUUCCACCAUGGCUUUGAGCUUGCAAAGAACCUCACUGACACACCAGUCCCCUUUGACACCGCACGCCUGUACACAUGCAUCACGGCAGGUACCCAGAAUGACCCCACAGAAGCAUUCCAAGCCGCCAUCGACACCGGCACCAACCUGCUACUCGGCAUGUGGGUGUCUCCCGGCGCAACAGGCCAGCCGAAUGACGCUCUAGUAGACAACGAGCUUGCUGCGCUGGGUAAGGGCUUUGAGCAGCACGGCCAGAAGCUUGCAGACCUCGUCAUCGGUCUGUCUAUUGGCAACGAGGAUAUCUACCGCUUUAACAGCCAACAAGCAGGCGUUGGCCCCGACGAUAUGUUCACAAGUAUAAACCGCGUCAAGACAACAAUCAAAGCAUCUCCGUGGGGCAAGUAUAUGGAAGGUAAGCCCAUCGGACACACCGACACUGCAAUGUACGCCGCCAUACCUGGCAGCGACUUCGUAGGUAUGACGGCCUACCCGUACUGGGAGGGUCAGUCCAUCGACAAUGCAAACGCUACGUUCAUGUCGAUCCUGAAAGAUACGCAGCGACGAGCAGGAAAUACGUCCGUCUGGAUCUCCGAAGCGGGCUGGCCCAUCAAUGGCACCAAGAUCAAAGACGCUGUCGCCAGCGCAGACAACUACCAGCGGUUCUGGAAUGAGGUAGGCUGCCAGGUGUUUGGAAAGUACAAUACGUUCUGGUUUGAGCUACUGCAAGACUCUGUGCCUGACCAGCCGGACUGGGGGCUCUUGGAUACGAAGACCUAUCAGCCACGCAUCAGGGAUUUGAGCUGCGGUGGCAGAAGCGACGUGAUUCUUCCUGUCACUAGCAACUUCCCUGGCGCUUCAAAUACGUUUCUGAGUCAGUCGGAGCCGACGACUAUCUUAACAGCGCACAGUUCGGUUUUGGCGCCGGCAUCUGGCACUCCAGCUCGAACAAGCUUGCUGGCAAUUCCUACCUUCAGCCCAGCUUCGUUGGCUCUCACGGUCCACACCACCGAGACACGCACGACGACAGUGCACCCAACAUCGCUCGCAACAGUCAGUGACGCAAAGAAGCUCCCUGUGUUUCUGACUGCUACCAACUACGUAUCUGCAAUGCCCACCUCAGACGCGACUUUGCCUCACAACCCUACCGAUGGCAGCGACAAGAUCACGGCGUGUAUCGUCAUGAUGGACCCCCUCGGCGAUGGUGUUUUCAUGCCAGUCAUCACGUAUGCUGCUGAUCUAUCAACAUGCACGCCUCCGCCGCAAUUCACAGGCUCGCCGUUUACUAUGAUUGCUGAUCCCACGGCCGCUCCCAACUCGACAGCGCAGAUAUCGUCAUUCGAUUUAUGGGCGCCUUCGACAACCUCAACUGGCCCGACGACGACAGCAAUCCAGUCGAAUGGCCCUACCUGCGCGACCUCCGCGGGUGUGACAUAUGAGGCCGUCAUCUUGAAUGGACAGAUGUACACUGGUAAGCCAACGCCAUCGUGUGCUUUUGACAAGCCAGCAGUCGCUGUGCCUACGACGCAUGCAUCGAAUGCAUUGAAUGCAUCGAAUGCACCAGCGUCAGCACUCACAGUAGCGUCGUCAGUUUCUCUUCCUCUUCCUUUAACCACCUUGACAUCUUCCUCGCUCAAGACGCUCUUCCCAACGACACUCUUGACACUGACUACCCCGGUGCCACCCUCGUAUCCAGCAUCCACACCCGCCGCGCCGCCCUCGACAACCCCCUCUCCACCACCUACCGCCCUUUUCUCCCCUCCCAGACCAACCUUCCCACCUCACGCACCCAUCACACCGCCCCCAGCACCACCACCAAGCAGUACCGCCACCCCGCUCUGCACCGACGGCGCACUGGUAUGCACAACCAUCCACUCCCACGGCUGGCUCGCCCGCAUAAUCUCAGGCUACCCCCGCAUAAUCCAGCGCGAGGGCGAGCCGGUGCCGUGCUCCAGCAGCAACGACUGUACAUGGCUCUCAGCCGCAGCGGCGACGCGGACCGCAGCAAGCGAGGGCGAUGUGACGUGUCUGAAGCACGGCGUGCAGGCGCGCAUUAGUGAAGGGAUGUUGUGGGUGCUGAGUCCGCCUGUACCAUGUAAGGCUACGCCUGCACCAACCGCGUCCGAGGCGUUCGAUGCUGGGAAGUUCUUCGGCGGGGUGGGGGAGGAGUGAAAGAGCACGACGUGGGUGGCGCCUGGGUCUGCGUCGUUGACUGGCGUACGUGCAAGGGUGAUGGUGCCAAGACAUACUUCCUUCGCCUCGCCUUGACCAGGGGCUAGAACUGGGUAAGGGGUUAUGGAGAGGAUGAAUCUGCGGGGGAUGUGGGGUGUCAGUAGCGGGCGAUGUUGGGAGUAUUGGAGGCGUUCAAUUUGCGUGUAGUAGGGGUGUCGUGUUUGUGUGUGAUUUGUUGUAGGUGUAUGUAUAUGUAUCGUUGCUCUCGGAGUUGGUAUCCCACUCUUCUCUUCUGUUUUUCUCUUCAUCGCUUCUCUUCUCGCUGUCCCUCGCACGCUCACUCAUUCACCGUACCCCCCCC